AUGCCACGUAUUGUGCAAUGUGCAGUACAAAAGGUACAAAGGCCAUAACAAAGAAAGGGUGGCCCGGGGUGGCCGCAUAUUGCGUUUAGGCGCUCGAACGUUCGAACGCGCAUCCGUGACAUUCAACGGAUUGCGACUUUCGUUGCUGGUCCCCCCCAAAAAAGUACUUAAGCCGGCACCCGAUGCUCCAUCCUUGUAUCGUCUGCUAUUCACCCAAGAUAACAUCAACUCCACCAAGAUGACCACCGUCUCCACCCCCACCGCCACCCUCGGCCAACCUCUCGCGGGCAAAGUCGCCCUCAUAACCGGCGGCUCCCGGGGCAUCGGCCGAGCUAUUGCCCUCCGGCUUGCCAACGACGGCGCCUCCGUCAUCGUCAACUACGUCAGCAACGAUGCGACCGCUAAGGCCGUCGUUGACGAGAUCAACGCCCUCCCUGCCACGAAGGACGCGAAAGACGGCAAGCCCCGCGCGAUCGCUGUUAAGGCGGAUGUGGCGAGCGUGGACCAGGCUAAGAAGCUUGCGGACCGGGCGCUUGAGGUUUAUGGGAAGUUGGAUGUUUUGGUGCUCAAUGCCGGGAUCUUACCCAAUGAGAGCUUGUUGCAGAUUACUGAUGCCUCCUUCGACCGCGCCUUCGCCGUAAACGUCAAAGGCCCCCUCUUCCUCACCCAAUCCCUCGCCCCCAAAAUGUCGCCCAACGGCCGCGUCAUUUUCUUCUCCUCCACCCUCACCGCCGCCUCCGUCGUCACCCCCAACUACCUCCUCUACAACGCCACAAAGGGCGCCGUCGAGCAACUCGCGCGUGUCCUCGCCAAGGAGUUGUCCAAGAGCUAUGGUCUGACCGUCAACACGGUUUCGCCCGGCCCGACGGCCACGGAAAUGUUCUUCGAGGGAAAGUCGGAGCAGACGUUGAACUUCAUCAAGGGGCUUUCGCCUUUCAACCGCUUCGGCGAGCCCAACGAGAUUGCUGCUGCUGUCGCCUUCUUUGCUGGCCCAGAUAGCUCGUGGGUUAACGGCCACAAUCUGCGGGUGAACGGCGGUUAUGUUGUCUAGGUGCCCGUGGCUACGGAGGCCCCUACGGCGUUUCACCCUUUUCCAUUUCGACGUAGUGCAUGUACGUGUACAGAGGCCUGAAACGUGUUGGCUUUGUUCAACAGCGUAGCUGAGGCGUAUUGUUCAUCGUUCUUCCUGUCUGUCAUGCUAGCAUGUCUGCUCCUUGAGUACAACAGAUGUAUCUUUAUACCAUUGUCUCUGAAUCAUAUCCGCCUCCGGUCAUGAAUGAAAGAGAGA